AUGGUUGUAACCAAUGCAUUCUUUCAUGGUGAUCUGGAUGAGGAUGUUCAUAUGUCUCUCCUCAAGGGUACACUGGUCAUGGUAGAAAAAUUGUGGUUGAUUUCCAAGGCAAUGCUCCUGUCAAGAACUCUCAACUUGUUUGCAAACUCAACAAGUCUUUGUAUGGGCUUAAACAAGCCCAAGACAAUGGGUCAAUCAAUUACAGCCAUCCUGGUUUAUGUUGAUGAUUUACUUAUCACUGAAAAUGAUAAGCAGGAAAUUAUUACUCUGAAAACACUCUUGUCUUCUCACUUUCACAUGAAAGAUCUUGGUCCCUUGAGAUACUUUCUUGGCUUAGAAAUUGAUCACACAAAUCAAGGGAUUUUUAUUUCUCAAAAGAAAUACAUAACAGAUGUGCUGAGAGAUGAAGGUUUGCUUCAUGCCAAACCUCUGAAGCUUCCCAUUAAUACUCACUUGAAGCUGGCACCUGAUAAAGGCAAACCUUUACCAAAUCCUUUAAUUUAUCAUAAAUUACUAGGGAAACUGAUCUAUCUGACCAUCACUAGGCCUGAUAUAUCAUUUAAUGUGCAAUUGUUGAGUCAGUUCAUGCAUUUCCCUACAUAUACUCAUUUGCAGGCUGUAAAAAGACUACUGAGAUAUUUGGCUGGCUCAACCUCUCAAGGAAUACUUCUUGCUUCUUCUUCUGCAGCACAGUUAAUUGCUUAA